AUGGCGGAGCGGAGCCGCGGCGCUCGGCGGCGGCUGCUGCCGCUGCUGCUGCUGCUCCUGGCCGGCUCCGCCGCCAGCCCGGCGGAGGAGGGCGGCGGGCGGCGAGAGGCGGGCGGCGGGGAGCACGGCGAGGAGGCGGCGCGGCACCACGACUCCUCGUACGGCACCUUCGCCAGCGAGUUCUACGACCUGCGCUACCUCUCCGAGGAGGGUUACCCUUUCCCUACUGCUCCUCCUGUGGACCCAUUCGCAAAAAUCAGAGUGGAUGACUGUGGAAAAACCAAGGGAUGCUUCAGGUAUGGUAAGCCUGGAUGCAAUGCAGAGACUUGUGACUACUUUCUAAGUUACCGCAGAAUUGGAGCUGAUGUUGAAUUUGAGUUGAGUGCUGACACAGAUGGUUGGGUGGCAGUGGGAUUUUCCUCAGACAAGAAAAUGGGAGGAGAUGAUGUCAUGGCUUGUGUUCAUGAUGACAACGGAAGAGUCCGAAUACAGCACUUCUACAAUGUUGGUCAGUGGGCUAAAGAAAUCCAGAGAAAUCCUGCUAGGGAUGAGGAGGGGGUUUUUGAAAACAACCGUGUAACGUGUCGAUUCAAGCGUCCUGUCUACGUUCCCCGAGAAGAAACCAUUGUGGAUUUGCACUUGAGUUGGUAUUACCUGUUUGCUUGGGGCCCAGCAAUCCAGGGUUCCAUAACCCGUCAUGAUAUCGACUCUCCACCCGUGUCAGAGCGCGUUGUCAGCAUUUACAAGUACGAAGAUAUUUUCAUGCCUUCAGCUGCCUAUCAGACCUUCUCCUCUCCAUUCUGCUUGCUCCUCAUUGUUGCACUGACCUUCUAUUUAUUGAUGGGAACCCCAUGACCAAUGGCAAAUAGCAAGAAUUUGGCAGUGGAAGUUUCUCAGGAUGGACGGCUAUAUGGAUGGACAAUGCAUUUUUCUUUUGGAAUUUAUAUCACAUCACCAUCCUCAUCUAGCUGCUUUUGAACAUAGUUAGCUUCUCAGAAGAGUGAAAUAACCAUCUCCCUUGAGUGGCAGAGUGGUGACAAAUCAUUUAAGAAAAUCAGUGAACACAUAGGAGAAUAUUUUCAGUGUUGUGAUUACUUGCUUAAGAACAAUGAGACUUUUGUAAAAUCAAUGUGUGUAUGUGUGUGUUUGUGUGUUUGGGAGGGGUGCUUGUAUGUGUGUUCAGGUGAAUUUAGUGAUGGACAUCUUAUCAAACAACAAAAUUGCCUUCCAAAUUGCUACAAAAAAGCAAAUUUGGGAAAACACUGCAAUGCUGUUUGGUACUUCUAGAGCAGAGAGCACAACUCCAAGUGCAGUUUUCAAUCUUAAGACCUAGAAACCAAUACAGCAGUAUAAAAACUGCACUUCAGUAGUGGAUAGUUCUCCCAGUCUAUUUUUUCUUUUUUUUUUUAAUAUUUAUCAAAGUGUACUUGCUGUAGUACUUUCCAAAACUAAACUUGCAUAUUCAAGCAUUAGCAUGAUUUUUUUUUUCAACAGAAAUAGGUGAUGAAUGUCUUUAUUGUGUUUCAAUAGCCUUUUUGAAAGAAAUGUCUACUUCUUUUAAGAGUGAGAUACAAAGUAAUUUAAACAAGGGGACAGGAGAAUACAGCAAUAUAAAUUCUCCAUAUACUGGAAAACCAGGUGUAAAACAUGCAGACUAUAAAAGUUCCCAACAAGCCAUAGGAUGUCGUCCUAAUAGAUUAAAUAAUUUUUUCUCUUUUUAUGAAAAAAAAAGCAAUUUUGCUGACAUGUAAAUAUAUUUUAAGUAAUUGUGCAGUAGUAUGAAGUAAUCUCUUUUUCUGUGUUGUAUGCCACUAAAUCCUGUUCAUGUUAAGGGUGACUUAAGGCAGCUGGUGUAAUCUUACAAAGAAAUAUAAAUGAGAUUACUUGUAAGAAAAGACAGGGAUUUAUAAGAACAGCAGUAUCUUUUGUUCAUCAGACCACUGCUAAAAUAGAGGUAUUGUGGAAAAAGAUGAGCUAAAACGGAAAUACAUUAGCUGUUUUCAUCACCAAUAAAUAGUACAAGAGGAAUGCUAAAAUUUACAGAGAUGAAAAGUGUCAAAAUGCAUUUAUGAGCCACAGACUAUAAUAAAAACUUGGAGUGAAGAAUUUCUGUUCUUUACAUAAUAGGAAGUGUAUGACACGUUUACAUAUAGCAGUCAAAUGUGCUUAGGUAAGGUUACUCAUUCACUUUCCAACUUACACUCAAAUUCUACUUACGUAGAAUUGAAGUCUAACUAGUGCCAAAGUUUUAUCUAAUGAGAUACACUUGAGGACUCUCUAACAUAGAAUCUGGUCAAGUAUAUGUAAUGCAACUCUUUUCUAUUCUCAUUGCUGCAUGGAGUAUAAAAUGAUUAAUUAGCUUG